UUUCCCUUCCAAUAUAUCUCUCUUAGCUCACAAUUGACUUCCAAUCGACAAUGAAGAAAGAAGGUCGCCAAUAUGGAAUGCUCCCAUGGAACUCAAGAUUCGGCCCCUACAAGCUGUCCGACUCGCCCCCAACACGUCCGGUCCAAAAGCUUCCGGCCACCAUCCACAUCCGGUCCAAGUGCUUCCGCCCCCCUCAUUCGGUCGGUAAAACCAAAGACAAGGGGACGCACAAGCUCAAGUCCCGCGACGUUGUCGUUUCUAACUCUAGAUUGACCACUUGGCGGGUCACGGAAGGCGGGCCCGACUUUAAAUUUUCUGGGUUAUCGGCCACUGGGAUUUUGGAUCGCUUGGCCAUCGCGGAUUACAUGGAUUAUGAUUACGAUUACGAUUAUGAUUACGAUUACGAUGACGUGCACGAAGAAUCCGGCGGUUUGGAUUAUCUCCCACCCGGUUUAUUUGUCGAUUUGGAUUUCGUCCCGUCGCCGUUGUCCGUCCAAAUUGAGGCGGACGAUUACGGUGACCUCGACGGCGGCGAUGACGUCGACGUCGACGUCGAUGACGAUGCGAUAAGCUUCUGUGAGGUGGGAUUCCUGUUGGAACAAGUAGAGGGAGAUGAAGGUUGGUGUCUAGUUGAAGAAAUGUAAUUAAUUAAUUAAUUAAGAUAUGAUUAAUCACAGAAUUAAAUUUAAUCCGUAUCUUUUAGUCAUAUAAUAAUUGUAUGUAUUACUCUUAUAUAUAUAUAUUUAAAGUUUUAUGUUAAUAAAUGUAAUGUAGGUGUAUUCGAAAAAAAAAUGUAAUGUAAGUGUUACGUGUAGGCGGGUGCACGCAAUUAAUUGUAAGUUUGUACAGUGUAUCUCAUUAUUCAAUAUUCAUAUUCAUACGUGCACAUUAUCACUUCCUUUAAA